GAAUUAACAGUGCUAGCUUCAGACAGAGAGGAGAGCAACUAUAAAUAUAAACAUAAACGUAUCAAUUGUUUUAACUUAAAUCAUGUCGCUACAUAAGUUAACUGGCGUAAUAAGAGUAGCACCCAGAGCAGCCGCUAUGCAACUCCUGCCGCAGCGAAACUAUACAAGCCACAACGCCAAGUCUGACCAUGAGGCACACUUCAAGCACUUGGCUCUAAGCACACCCAAGCCUUUUGUCUUUCAUGUCGAGCUGAAUCGGCCUAGCAAGCUAAAUUCGCUGAGUCGUGAAAUGUGGAUCGAGAUCAAGGAAUGCUUUGAGCACUUGGCCAUAAAUCCCGACUGCCGCGCCAUUGUAUUGACCGGUGCGGGCAAACAUUUCUGUGCCGGCAUAGAUCUGACGUCCAUGAUGAGCAUGGGCCAGAUAAUGGCCGAAACGGAUGAUGUAGCACGCAAGGGCAUUGUUCUGGAGCGCACUAUUAAGCUAUAUCAGGAUUCAAUUAGCUCCGUGGAGCGUUGUCCCAAGCCAGUGAUUAUGGCUGUGCACAAGGGCUGCAUAGGCGCGGGCGUGGACUUAAUAACAGUCGCGGACAUACGCUAUAGCACACAGGAUGCGUUUUUCCAAGUGAAAGAGGUGGACAUUGGCAUGGCGGCCGAUGUAGGCUCACUACAGCGUCUGCCCAAGGUCAUAGGCAGUCAGUCCCUGGCGCGUGAGCUUUGUUUUACGGGACGUCGCUUCGAGGCAGCUGAGGCGCAGCACUGUGGCCUGGUUAGUCGCACCUUUGACGAUAAGGAAGCCAUGUUGAGUGGCGCCCUGGCGCUGGCAGAAGAAAUUGCCAGCAAAAGUCCCAUUGCUGUGCAGACAACCAAGGAAAGCAUGGUCUAUUCGCUGGAGCACACCAAUCAGGAGGGACUCGAUCACAUUCGCCUUAUCAACAAGCUGCAUCUGCAAUCGGAGGACUUUGCCCAGGCGGUGGCUGCUCAGCUAACCAAAGAUGAGAAGCCCGUGUUUGCCAAGCUCUGAAAACAACAACAUUUAAAAUAAAUUAAAUUAAGUCUGAAAAGCAGAAACCUUAAUCAUUGUUAUAUGACAAAAAUUACAUUUUGUUAUUAUAAUUUGAGAGCUGAGCAUU